CCCUGGCCCACGCGGGCGGCGCUGGCGCUGCAGCUGGUGCGCCACGGCCACGGGCUGGCGGCGAUCGCGGUGCUCGUGAUGGUGGAGGCGCACCUGCGACCGUCGGAGCUGCUGUCGCUGACGAGACGCUCGCUGCUUCCGCCAGCCUGGUGCGGCCUGAGCAAGCGGUGCCUGCUGCUGUUUCCGGUUGCCCAGGGCUUCGCCCGCAGCCAGACAGGCGAGGCAGGCGACGCGGUGGUGAUGGACUCGACCAGGACGCCCUGGCGCAACUACAUGUUCCAUCGCCUCAGUCGGGGCCCCGGGGGCGAGCGUGUCUCCCCUUGGGACUACAGCCAGAUCUACCAGAUGUUCGUGAAGGCCGCGGUGGCCCUCGGAUUCAAGAUGGUGCCAUACCAGGGCCGCCACAGCGGGAUCUCGAUCGAUCGGGCUCAUCGUACCAGGAGCCUAGACGAGCGCAUGAAGAGGGGGCUAAGGAAGGCCACCAAGAGCAUCGCCAGGUACGAGAAGGCGGGCCGCCUGAACGAUGCCGGGCGGGAGCUGACCGCCGGCCUGCAGGAGUACGCCCUCGACUGCGAGCGCCAGCUCGAGGAGUGCCUCGCGCGUGGGCGCCGGCUGCCG